AACAUUAAUCACGGGACACAAAACACCAAAACCAAAUUCCAGUCUGGCUCUUUAUUUAUUCUAUUCCACUACCAUAUAUUUCACAUAUGACCCCACAUCUUUCCUUAACUUUUCAUUUAUACCCUCAACCUUCUUAUCCUCCCAUACACCUCCAAAUUCACACCACCAUGCCACCAAAACUCCACCUCCUAACCACCACCACCACUCUCCUCAUCCUCAUCCUCCUCCACACAGUCACCGCACUCCGCCUACCCGAGUUCCAAGAAGCACCCGCGUUUCGCAAUGGAAACGAAUGCAACGACACGUUGAUCCACAUCGCGAUGACCCUGGACGCGACAUACCUCCGCGGAUCAAUCGCGGCGGUAUUCUCCAUUAUCCAACACUCCACAUGCCCUGAAAACACGGUUUUCCACUUCCUUACCACUAACAGUCUCUCGACCGCCCUCCGACGCACCAUCACUACCACUUUCCCAUACCUCAACUUCCACCUCCACCACUUCAAUACAGCCCGUGUCAAAAACAAAAUCUCCACCUCCAUCCGCCGCGCACUCGACCAACCGCUAAACUACGCGCGAAUCUACCUCGCCGACCUCCUCCCCGCCACCGUCCACCGCGUGAUCUACUUCGACUCCGACGUAAUCAUCGUGGACGACGUCAUAAAGCUUUGGGAGAUCGAACUCAACUCGCACGUGCUCGGCGCACCCGAAUACUGCCACGCAAACUUCACAAACUACUUCACAAAAAACUUCUGGUCAAACCCGAGUUUCGCGCGUGUGUUCAAGCACGCCCGUGCAAAGCCAUGCUACUUCAAUACGGGCGUAAUGGUGAUUGAUAUGGUAAAAUGGAGAGCUGUAAAGGUAACCGAAAAACUCGAACGAUGGAUGGAGAUACAAAAAAUAUACCGAAUAUACGAGCUCGGUUCGCUACCGCCGUUUCUGCUUGUGUUCGCAGGGGAUGUGGAGGCCGUAGAGCACCGGUGGAACCAGCACGGGCUGGGUGGGGAUAAUGUAAAAGGGUUGUGUAGAGAUUUACAUCCGGGUCGGGUCAGUUUGCUCCAUUGGAGUGGGAAAGGGAAGCCGUGGUUGAGAUUGGAUUCAAAACGGGCGUGUCCGUUGGAUGGGUUGUGGGCCCCAUAUGAUUUGUUAAAACAUGGGCCUUUGAUUUCUGAUCGGUGAGUGUUUGAUGUGGACGAGGAUCCGGAUUUUACGAGGGUUUUGAGGUUGUUGCCGAUGGAAGUUGUCGGUGGUGGAAUGUGGUAGUGGAUGGUGUUUGAUUAUGUGGAGUAUAGAAUAAUAGAAAUUGUGAGUAGUUUUAGUUGAUGAGGAAUGAUUAAAUAAUAUUUGUAUUAUAAUUAGGGUAUUUGUGUUAGGGUUUGUAAUUAAAUAAAAACCAAAGAGAUUUUUUUUAAAUUAAUGAAUUUAGUACUUUUUAGAA